AUGAUUAUAUCCAGAGCUUGUUCUAUAACAAUCCCAACCAAGACAAGAAUCCCAGUAGGAAAGCUGCGAACAAUUCUCAGACAUUUGGGAAUUUCAAAUGGACAACUCUUAGAUAUACACUAUCCUGCAAGGAACCUCGCUGCCAUCUUAGUCCACAAUGACUAUUCCUCCGAACUUAAAUCUACGCUUAAACAACGUGGUGUAACCGUAGAUGAAGAAUUUGACCCCUCCAAUGGUAAAACUCUCAUGGACCCUAAAUACAACGAUCACUCGGAAUACCAACGUGACCAAAUUGGUUCCUUUAUUCACAAACGCAGAUUAGCAACCGCAUUGCAACACAUCCGCGAACCUGUCAAGUUUGCGGUUGCCCGCUACUUCAUCCAGUAG